GGACAGUCGUACAGGAGAGCUCCAAAUCGCCUUCUGUUUGCGGAUCACACCGCUGAUAACGGGUUUAUUGCAAGACUUUUACAUCAAGGGACUAUCCCGCAGCAUUCUGCUCUCCACGUUUCUUUUAGUCCAUCCUGCUGUGGAGAUAAAGCAAGCACGAGCACGGAAAAGAACAGUCGGUAAUGGGAAGAUACGGCGUAUUGUCAUUAGAUUACAUUUCCGAAGAAUGAUACAUCCCUCUGUCGUGCACAUUUUAGGAGCACACACAUCAUUCUCAAUGCACUGGACGUAGACUUUCGGAGCACACGGGAGUUCCGUGCACGCGCGGUGCAUAAACAGCGGAAACCAACAGUUUUCACAAACACUUGGACCGUAUUUCGGCGUCUCAUCGGGGCUCUGACACACUUGAUUUGAUCUUUGGAUGUAUUUGUGCAUCUCGUGUCUCAUGGAGCGUUAUGGACUGUCACACACAGAUACGGAGAAGUAAUCUAUGAUGCUGCAGUUUUGGGAGGGUUUAUCGGAUGAGAUGUGCAUUGGGGGGUCAUUCACUUUGCGGAGAUAAACUUGAGUUUUACAGUGUUUGGUCAUGAGCAGAUGUGAGGAAGAGUCUGCGUGUUUGCAUGCACACUGACGCUUGCCUUUUAACAUAAGGCGAUUUAUUGUGCAUUAAUAUGAUUAAUCUUGGCUUUGCAUAACAUUGUAGGCUAUUUGAAUGCUGCUUUGCCUUUUAAGUGCAUUUAAGCCCAUGCACUUUCUUUAGUGUUUUAUAUGAGCACCAACAUUUCCAAAAAGCAGUGUGUUUUAAUAUAGCGUGCAUCUUUUUUUUCCUGCAUGAGGUAAGACUUGAAUUUAAGUCUUACUUGUUUUAAUAUAGACUCCUAGUUGUGAUGUUGCAUGACUGAAACUUACGGAAGCGAGUUUUGUGUGCGCACACUGGUGCGCAAUGACGCUCUGGCUGUGCGCAAAUUAGUUGACGCAACCAGUGUCCUUUUAAAUCGAUAGAAUCGGAAGGAUUCAGUCAGUUGGAGCUGGAGAGAGUCGAGGUUGCACAACAGCCUUGUUGCUUGUGCUUUAUAAUCACCAGAUAAGUGAAGUAUCCAUUGGAUGUAGUGCAUAUCCACAGUCUCACCGUGCGUAACGCGUAUUGUAGAAAGUUUAAAUGGUUCUGCGAAAGUUACCCGGUGUCUCAGCAUCGGGCAUGGGGCUUCGGCUGUCUCAGAAGUUCGUGUUUCUGUUAUUCCUGUCGGGUUUGGUAACCCUGUGCUUCGGGGCGCUCUUCUUUUUACCUGACACUGUGCGCUUGAAGCGCAUCUUUCUCUCCAAGAGCGACAGUCCAGCGGUGACCGUGGGCUCCGACAACGACGCCCGGGAGGUCUCCAAGAAGGUGUCCGGUGACCAAGAGCACCAGCGGGUGGGUUUAAAGGGGGUUGAUGCGAAUGUUAAACUGAAAGUGAGCCGCAAGCCCUCGGUCACACAUGGCUCGAGAACCGUGGAGAGAUCUGUUGGGAGCAGGACACAGGAGGAGUGGAGUCCGGCGAGGGCGCACGAACCAGCGGCUAGGGACGAGCGGGUCACCUCGGCCGCUCAUAAUGGGGAACACGGCAGUGGAUUCAGCUAUGAGAGGUUUAAAAAGUGUCUCCUAAAACCACCUUUGGGGAAGGACCAGGGAAAGCCAUCGGAUCCCCAGACGCUUCAGAGAAGAGAGAAGGUCAAAGAGAUGAUGAAGUUUGCCUGGGACAGCUAUAAGCGUUAUGCCUGGGGUAAGAAUGAACUUCGACCUCUUACCAAGAAUGGACACAUUGGGAAUAUGUUCGGUGGCCUCAGGGGGGCUUCCAUCGUGGAUUCUCUCGACACUCUGUACAUCAUGGGUCUAAUGGAGGAGUAUGAAGAGGCAAAGGAAUGGAUUCAAAACAACCUCGACCUGAACUCGAACGGAGAGGCGUCGCUGUUUGAGGUGAACAUCCGUUACGUUGGCGGUCUGCUCUCUGCGUUCUACCUGACUGGAGCUGAGAUCUUUAAGCAAAAGGUGGUAGAACUUGGCGAGAAGCUGUUACCCGCCUUCAACACUCCCACCGGCAUUCCCAGAGGAGUCAUUAACCUGGGCAGCAGUGGCACCAGCUGGAGUUGGGGGUGGGCAUCAGCCGGGAGCAGCAUCCUGGCAGAGUUUGGAACACUGCACCUAGAGUUCGUUCACCUCUCAGAACUCUCCGGAAACCCCAUGUUCACUGAGAAGGUUAUGAAUAUUCGAAAGCUGUUGAGUAAAAUUGAGAAGCCUCAUGGUCUGUAUCCAAACUUCUUGAGUCCUGUCAGUGGAAACUGGGUACAACAUCACGUGUCUAUCGGCGGUCUCGGGGACAGUUUCUAUGAGUACCUGAUCAAAUCUUACCUGAUGUCGGACAAGACCGAUGAGGAGGCGAAGAGGAUGUACUACAGCGCUAUGGAGGCCAUCGAGACUAACCUGGUCCAGAAGUCUCCCGGUGGAUUGACGUAUGUGGCAGAGUGGAGGGGUGGCAUUCUGGAUCAUAAGAUGGGGCAUCUGGCGUGUUUCUCAGGCGGUAUGAUCGGCAUCGGUGCUGAUGAUGGACCUCCAGAGAAGCGACAGCACUACCUAGAUCUGGCAGCUGAAAUCACUCACACCUGCCACGAGUCCUACAGCCGCUCAGCCACUAAACUCGGUCCUGAGGCGUUUCGUUUUGAUGGAGGAGCCGAGGCCACCGCCACCCGCCUGAGUGACCGCUACUACAUCCUAAGGCCAGAGGUCAUCGAGAGCUACAUGUACAUGUGGCGUUUGACCCAUGACCCCAAGUACAGGCAGUGGGGCUGGGAGGCUGUAGAGGCGUUAGAGAAGCAUUGUCGUGUGGAAGCGGGUUUCUCAGGAAUUCGUGAUGUUUACGCCUCAAUGGUCAGUCAUGACAACAUGCAGCAGAGCUUCUUCCUGUCUGAGACCCUCAAAUAUCUGUACCUGCUGUUCUCUGAGGACGACCUGUUGCCGUUGGACGACUGGGUGUUUAACACAGAGGCACACCUGCUGCCCAUCAUACGCAAGAACUGUCUACGGGAGCACGACAGCACGCUGGACAACGGACAGACACCCCUCGAAUAGAACUGACCAUUCCACGUACAGAACACACACACACACACACACACACACACACACACACACACACACACACACCUGAAACACUGAUUCAAAAAGCAGUGCCACAACCUCAAGGGUCCUGCCAUGAAUUCUCAGCUCCUUUCCUGAAAAGGAUCUCAUCAAAUAUAUAUGCUGUGAUUGUAUAUCUCUUGUAUAUCUGGACAAUCAAAGUAAAACGUGACUUUCACAAGAAGAGCACCUUUUUUCCUUUGCUUCUUUCCUCUGUGAGGAAACAGAAUAACCUGCAGCCCCAAAUCUGUGGGAAACGUGCUGUGUGACAGUGGGCCAUGCGGAGCGAAAGAGAAAACCACUUUUCUUCACGUCUCGCCUGUAAUUUAUCUUUUCUUUCAUCCUAUCAUUGUGUAUUCCUCUCCCAACUCUUCUGCCAAAGCGUUUGCGCUCUUUAUUUCGUAUUCUCUCCCUGCCCAGCAUGAUAUCUAGUUUUGUGUCCAAUUUCGUGGUAUAAUCUUUUUUUAAUUAUUAUUUGGAGGGAAAGGAAGGACCAAGGUAUUUACAAACUAUCCUUUGAAAAAUGUAAGGAUAAAAGGUUGAAAUGUAUUGUACAAAACUAGCUUUACAUCUCCUAAAGGAAACAGCGGUGCUUGCAAGGCAGCAAAAUUUGGAAAAUACGGGUUGUUUGAUUCCAGAAAUUUCUAUUCCAAUUCCAGGUUUUCAGGAUCCAUUGAAGAUAUUCCAAGAGUCGUUUGCAUUAUCUGGAUUUUUAAGAAAAAAGAGAAGCAAAGAACUAGUUCAAAUUCAUAGUACGAUUGACGAGAUCAUGUGCGUAAUCAAUAUCUCUGAUCAGAGGCGACUUUUGCUUCUCAAAUGAAUAUAUACAUUGUUUUAAGGAUGUUUAGGAAGACUUACUGGGAAACAAGACAAAAUACGGAUUAAGAGAAAGAUUUGCAGUGUAAAGGCGGCCAUAAAUAUUUCAAUAAAUGCAAGAAAGUCUAGAAUGCAAAAAUAAUUAUGCAAAUAGAGAAUAGACCAAUCAUAAUUCAGUAUGCAAAUAUGACAAUGAUGUCAUUACUUGCUAGGUUUCCAUCCACAUAUUUCAAUGCAAAUUUGGGGAUAUCACAUAAAAAAUGCUCAAUGGAAACACCAAGAUGCAAAUAAAAUCUUCAGAAUGCACAUGAAAGAGAUGUAUGUGUAUUCGAUAAGAGGACACGCAUAAACUAUGAUAAAAACACAUUUACCGAAUAUAUUCCUAUAGAAUUUACAUAGGAGCCGCAGUGGCUUCAGCUUCCAUUUUUAUUUCUAUUUUGCACGAAUUGUCCCUGAAGUGACGAUUUUGUUCUCUUAAACACAUGGGAUGAAAACGCUACUUUAGUCACAAAUUGUUUUUGCAAUAUACAGAUUUUGCACAUACAUUUCAUUCAUAACUUUGAUGGAAACAUGACUGCUGUCAGUGACAUGAUGAAUGCAUUGCAUAUUCUAUCAAUGAAAGAUUUUGAAACUUUAAUCUUAAAUUUCUUUAAAAGCAUAAAGUGUAAAUAAAGUGCUGAUUUUACCUCCAAAACAAAGUCUGAAUGGAGUCUGUACGUUCCAUUUUUAAUUGCAUAAGUUUAAUGUGUGCGCAAUUUCAAUACUGUGCUGCCUUGCAAGCAUUGUAAUCAUUUUAAAUAACGUUUAUGUGAGGGUUUCACAUCAAUGGUAAAUUGAAUGAGAUCAUAAACAGGCCGGAAAACAAGCUGAUUAUUUUAUAAUGUGAUUCUAGUGCCCAUCUUCAUGAACUCUUUAUUUUUAAUGCUCUGAGCUGCGGUGUUGUGCUCGAAACCACAUGUUUUAAAGACCAGCAUCACAAAAGAGUUAAAACACAUUUGCACAGAGCCGGACAGCAUGUGACCACAAGGGCUGGGCGAUGUAUUGGCCAUAUUUUUGCAAUGAUUUUGCUGGCGGCAUAAAAUGAAGCAACAUUGUAAAUAUAUCGGGAUGACUUUUCUAUGCUUUUUUUCUCAUAUGGAUUACUUUUAUGCUGACUUUAUGUGCUUUUUGGAGUGUCAAAAUGUCGGCACCCAUCUCUUGCAUUGUAUGGACCUACAGAGCUGAAAUAUUCUUCUAAAAAUCUUCAUUUGUGUUCUGCAGAAGAACGAAAGUCAUGGCAUGAGGGUGGACCAUUCCUUUAGCUAUAUCGCCCAGUCCUGCUGGUCACAGUCAUGUCAAAGCAUCGAUGGUGAAUGUGAAGAGUUUUUCUGUCUCAUCAUUUGAGUCAUUCUGAGUCUUUGUCCUCUGAACAAAGCUGUCAAACACAGUAACCGUGGAACGAGUCGAACAUUACCGGAUGAAUGUGCGUCAUCCAUGUUAUUAAUUGUUCUUCACCGUAUUUUCUCUUCUAAUUUUUAUGGAAGUUUAUGAAAGAUUGUUCUUUUAAUUUCCUCAGGUGUUUCUGUAAAAUUAUGAGUUUGAUUACAGUUAUUUGCACUAUUAAUUACAGUUGUGCUUAUCAUUGUUAAUUCUAACGUCUCUCAUUGUUGAAUAUUUUCAAAUACUGGUAAAAGAUAUGUGCAACUUUAUACAUUUAAAACAAGUGCACAGAUGUUGUUAGUGUCUUUUUUUCAUACACUGUUUCCAGGACAGGCGAGUCUCUAGUAGGGGAGAGUGGGGACGGUUGCAACACUUUUUGCAUUUCCUUCAGUUUCUCAGAGACUGUUUGUAUUGGAAAGCCAACGUUUUAAUACAUUAAACCCACAUCUCUCAGCUACGCACCCACACUGCUGUAACAUGCGUACAUAUGAUAAUAUACAUACAAUUUAUACUUGAAUAGACAAAGUCAAAUGUUGCAACUGACCCCAUAAGAGGGGACGGUUGCAACAGUCCACAGGGACAGUUGCAACAUUCAUUAAAAUGUAAUAAAAAUCAUUCUUUAACAUCAUUUUGCAA